AUGUAUGGUGAUGAUAACCUAAGAUUAUUUGUUUACUGGACGGCUAAUGGAUACCAAGGGACAGGGUGCUACAACACCGCUUGCUCAGGUUUCGUUCAAAGGAGCAAUCUUAUCGCUGUUGGUGGAGCCUUCACUACCGUUUCCCAAUACGACGGAGAUCAAUACGAGCUCUCGAUACUUAUAUGGAAGGACGGCGAGAACUGGUGGCUACAGGUCGGUGAAGAGCUUGUAGGGUACUGGCCUGGCCAGUUAUUCAAUUCUCUAGGAAAUGGAGCUACGCUAGUUCAAUGGGGAGGCGAAAUUGUUAACGCGGAGACUGAUGGGAGACACACUGCUACUGACAUGGGAAGUGGGCACUUUGCAGAUGAAGGUUAUAAGAAAGCGAGUUAUUUCAGGAAUCUUAUGACAAUUGAUGAAACCAAUACUUUGAGAGAACCUCAAGGAGUUUCCCCCUUGACUGGUCAUGAUAACUGUUACAACAUUAAGGCAGGAGAUGGUGGAACUUCCUGGGGGGUUAAUUUCUUCUAUGGUGGUCCUGGCCAGAACGAGAGAUGCCCUUGA